AUGUGUUACUCAAGUAUCUUUAAACUUUAUUUUUUAGUUAAUCGAUUUCGUUGUCCAAAAGGAUGGAGACGAUUAGGUGGCUCAUGUUAUUAUCUUUCUAACUUAACAUCAACAUCGUUGACUGCUCGUCAUACAUGUAAUCAUCUUCAUUCUAAUCUUUCAAAUCUCAUAGAAAUACAAAAUACAGUUGAACUAAUCUAUGCUGCUCAUGUAUUAACAAGAAAUAAUUUGCCAUCAUUAAUGCUGUCUAUUGAUCCAAAAUUACUUAUAGGAAAAAAUCUUGCAGAGAUGUUAACGAACGAUCAAGAUCGAUGGAAACAAAUGAAACAAAAAUUUCAGAAAGUACGUAUGAAAUAUAUUAAUUUAACAACAAAAGUCGUCGAAAGAUUAAAAUUGGUUGGUCUACAUAUGUUGAGACGUUCAAGAAAAAUAAAACAAUCAUCUGAACCAUAUAAACCACAUGAAACAACUAUAAAUUCUAGUUUACUUAUUAAUGAUGAUGAAUAUGAAUAUGAUGAUCUUAAUUCAUCAGAUGAAAGUGAUGAAUUUGAAGAAAUCGAAAAUAUUCGACGAAUUUGUGAUCAAAUUGCUUGGAAUGCUUUAAAUGAUAAUUCAACUGUUUAUAUGCUAACAACAUAUAUUGUAUCAGAUAAAAUUGUUUGUUCAUUAAGUGAUGUCGAACCUAAAACUGAAUAUCAUCAUCUUUGUGAAUAUGUGCUUGAUUUUUGUUUUGCAAAUGUUAUUUGUGGUAAACAUGGACACUGUAUCAAUACAUUAUCAGAUUUCAAAUGUUCCUGUUCAUUUUUGUAUGGUGGUCGUUUUUGUGAGAAACUUUCACAAGAAGGUCAACAAAUCCUGAUCAGUUUUGUUAUUAUUAUAAUUUUUUAUGGAAUAAUAUACAUACCGAUUCGACGUUUUUCACGAGGUCCACAUAAAUUAUUAAAUCCAAUUAAGCGUAAUCUUGUUCGUAAUAUUUGGAUUGGUCUUUUAAGUACAUGCUUUUUAUCAGUCAUAAUCAUUAUUAUAACAUUAAGAUAUUAUACAUUAUUUGAAAUUGAUAAAAUUUAUGAUAAAACAUUUAAUCAUUUACAUAAGAAUACAAUCCGUUUGGUAGAACAAUGUGAAAGUACAUUAGAUUAUGUAAACGAAAAUUUCAAAUUCUUUCCUUUUGCAUUGGUGUUAAUAUUCAUUUUUUCUUGGUUAAUUAAACGAGAAAAACGAUGUAUAAAUACAUGUUAUGGUCGACCUGGUUUAUUAUCACCAAUCGAACCAUUUAGUAUAGAAAAUCGUUUCACGACAGCAACUGUUUUUGGAAUAAUUGCUUAUGAAGUAUUAAAAAUCUUUGAAGGACUACUUUUUAGUUUAAAUCAAACACCUAAGCAUGGUGUACUUUUUGAAUUAUUCACACGAAUACUAACUAUUGUUGUUAUUGGACUUCGAUAUUAUCCAGUACUUGCUUCUCUACAAUUACGAAAUAUUUUUGCUCGUUUUUUUGCUUGUCUAUAUAUACUCUAUGAUAUUAUAUAUACAAUUAUGCGAGAAGGAUCAUGUAUGGGUUUUCUACCAUUAUCAAAAAAACAUCCAGUUUUGGAAGAAGCUAAACUCCGGGAGGAACUUGGUACAUGGUUUAUUAUCUAUGGUUUAAUAAAAAAUAUUCCACAUUUCUUGCUUCUUUCAUAUAUUGGUGCUGAAUUAUGUGUGCGUUUUGCAUAUGACUCAAUAUAUGUACCAAUAAAAAGAAGGGAAAGUAUUUGGUCAGCAUCUAAUGUAGAAUUUGAUGAAUUGGAAUUUUCAAGAUAUUAUGUUAGAAAAUUACUUCGACGUAAUUGUCCUGCGUAUCGAAAAACACCUAAAAAAAAUACAAAUAUUAAUGAUCAAAUUGCUCAUGAGCAUGAAUCAAAACAACAAAAUGUAAUUAAUCAAUCAUGUAUUAAAAAGUGUUUCAAUUUUUUCUAUGAUUGGGAUGAUAGCUUUCAUUUUACAACUAUAGCAACUUGUACUUAUUCAGUAGCUUUCGUUGUUCUCUAUUAUUUGACAUGUACAUUUUUUUUUCUAUAUACUUCAAGAACAACAGGACUUAUUUCAUCUAUAAGAUCUUUUAUUGAAUAUUCAGCAAAUAUUGAAUUAAAUGAUUCAUUCACUUUGCAACGUGAAAUCAUAGUAAGCACUGUUUUAACAGCAGUUAUAUACGGAUUUCAAUUACUCAUUGGAAUGCAAAAUUAUAAAAAACAUAAACUACAAUUAUAUAAAGGUAUACAUAUGGAUAUUCCAUCACCAGCGAAUAUUUCAUGGAGGUCAAUAGUAUCGCAUUCUGUACAUUAUUCUGGUUUUCUUGUUGGAUAUAUGGCAUGGGGUUUUGUUAUUUGUUUUCAUUUAAUACUAUUAAUAUUAAUUGGAAUACGAAUUUUUUCAUCACAAAGUCAUCAAGUUGAAUUAGUUCUUGCAAUUAUUGUACCUAUACUUGUUGUUUAUUUAUUAAAAAUGCUUAUUAUGACAACAGCAGGAAAGUUUAUAUUUACAAAAGAGUCACAAAAUAUAGACCAUAUGAAAAAUCUAAAAACCUAUGCUAUAUUUGUUUAUUUCAGUUUUUUUGCUGAUUGUUUUCUUGGUAUUGCUUCAUGCAUUAUUCGAUUGGUUAAAGCAACAUUUCUUAAUGUAGUAUAUAUGGCUCGACUUGAUUGUAGCUUUCUUGGACGACCAUUGGAGAAACUCGAUGUUGGCUAUGAUGCUUAUGUCUCAUAUUUACAUGUCGAAAAAAACUAUUCAAAUCCACUCUUCUUCGUUUUUUGUGAUUUGCUUUUGAAUUCAACUAAGGAAGAACUUUGUACAAAUGUGAAUAAUUCUAAUGAUGGUAAUAGAUCUAAAAACCAAAGGGAAAAUCAUUUGAGACAGAACACAAACAAUACUUCAUUACAGACAUAUGAACAAAAGAAUCAAUACAAUAAAUCAAUUCAAAAUAUUAAUCAUAAUACAACUGACAAUCAAUCAUGUCUUUCAAUAACAGAAACAUCUGAUAGAAAUAGUCAAACAGGUGAUAGUAGAAAACGGAAAUUACGAGAGCGUCCUACAACUGUUGAUGAAAUCGAUGCAGACACGGAUGAUAGUUCUUCAACACUAAUAAAUUCAUCUACUCUUCAACAACAAUCACAAUUAUCAAAAUCACCUACUGAUAGAACUAAAAUAUCAAAUCAUGAAAAUCUUUCAUCUAAACAAGAUCAAUAUGAGAAUUUGAAAUUAAAAUCAUCUUCUACUAUUGGAAAAAAUCUUCCACAACAACAACAAUCUAAUAAAAAGAAGAUUUCAAAACAAUUAAAGAUAGAUAUCUCAGACUCAAGUAUUUCAAAAGACGAUGACAAUAGUGAAGGUACAGGUGAAAUUUCUAAUACUAUUGAAAUGGUCAUUUCAUAUAAACAAUCUGUACUACACAAUCAAAUAAUAAGAGAAGACUUAUCAUACGAUAAUACUCUUGUUAGUACUGCACGAUCAUCUAAAUAUCAACAAGAUGCAACUUCAUUACCAUUUAAUACCACUAAUCGAAUAGUAUUAAAAAAAUCUAAUACUACUGAAAAUACAAAAUCUGAGAAACCUACAGAGAAAUAUCACCAAGACACAAUUCUAACAAAAGAAGAAGGUGCUACUGUUCGUGUAACAACUAACAAUCCUUCAUCAUUUAAUUCUCAACAAUCAUAUAAAAAUAAUUUAAACCAUUUACGAACAACAUCAUCUAAUGACGCUAAAGACAGUUCAUCAAAACUUAUUUCAAAACAAUCCAAGAGUUCCUCCUCAAUAAGGCAUGAAAGUAAUACAAAUGAUGAUGUUGAAAGAAUAAAUAAUAGAACACAAAUAGGAAUUUCUGAUCGUUCUCAUUCAAUUAAGGAAUUAAUUCCAUUAAUAACUCGCCAUUCAAAUGGGCAAUUAUCGGAACAAAUAGAAACAAAACAAAGCCCUACAACGGAAGAAGACAAGAAAAGAAAAAGACGAAAGAAAAUCGCACGUACUCGUUGGUAUCAUGCUUAUACAAUUAUUCAUAAUUCUCAUCUAUUUGAGCUAAAAAAAUGUCUAAAAGACCGAUUAGAAUUGCCAUAUUUACCACAAUAUCAACCACCUGAUGGGCAAUUAUUCGAACCAAUAACUGCCAAUCAAAACUCAAAGCCUGAAAAUGUUUCACAUUCUGAGACAUCAACAAGAUCAAGAUUAAACAUUGAUGAAUAUUCAAAUUUAAGUGAACCUGAACGAUAUAUUGCAUCUGUCAUGCAGCAGUUAGUUCUUGCUUAUAAUCAAAAUGAAAAUUUACCGCGAAGUGCACCAAUAUUAGAACAAGAAAAUACCAACUCACCAUCAUUUCGACCUGUAGCUACCUCAGCUGAUUCCAAAACUGAUAAUUUAUCAGCAACUACUCAAAACAAAGAUUCUUCAGAAACUCGUAAACCAAUAACUUAUGAUCAACAUAUGCAAGCAUUGUAUCAAAAUGAAAUUAAAAGAUUUAAAAAACAACACCCACAUUCUUAUUUCUAUACUUUACCAUAUAACUAUCAUAAGCAAAAUAUAUUCCGACGAAAUGCACCAUCAAAUCAAAAAAUUCAUUCUUCCGAAACGAAGAAUGAUAAUACUAAAGAGAAUGUCAAUAGUACGACUGGUGCUAUAUCUGAGCCCAACAAUUAA